UUUUGUGAAUCCCGAGUUCACAUGGGUAAACACGAAGUCUGUGAGGAGCGCUGAAGCUCUCGGGCACGUUUUACCGCUGAAAGAGUGAUAUGAGACCUUAAAGCUCUGCUGUCCGGGAUCAACAUGGCUCACAUCACGAUCAAUCAAUACCUCCAACAGGUGCUGGAGGCCAUUGACACAAGGGAUGGAGUGUUCUGUGCAGAGCUGCUGUCAUUCAAACACCCACAUGUAGCCAAUCCUCGUUUGCAGCUUUCCAGUCCGGAGGACAAGUGUCAGCAGGUGCUAGAACCUCCUUAUGAUGAGAUGGUUGCUGCACAUCUCAGAUGCACGUAUGCUGUGGCUAACCAUGACUUUGUGGAGGCAUACAAAUGCCAGACAGUUGUGGUCCAGUCAUUUUUGAAAGCUUUUCAAGCACACAAAGAGGAGAAUUGGGCUUUGCCUGUGAUGUUUGCUGUAACUCUUGACCUGCGAAUAUUCGCCAACAAUGCGGAGCAGCAGCUGCAGAAGAAGGGCAAAGGGAAGGUGGGAGACAUGCUGGAGAAAGCAGCCGAGCAGCUGAUGAGCUGCUUCCGAGUGUGUGCCAGUGACAAUCGUGCUGGCAUUGAUGACUCCAAGAAGUGGGGGAUGUUGUUCCUUAUCAACCAGCUGUUCAAGAUCUAUUUCAAGAUCAAUAAGCUGCAUCUCUGUAAGCCUCUAAUCCGGGCCAUUGACAGCUCCAACCUGAAGGACGACUACAGCAUGGCCCAGAGAGUCACUUACAAGUACUACGUGGGCCGCAAGGCUAUGUUUGACAGCAACUUCAAACUGGCGGAAGAGUACCUGUCCUUCUCCUUCCAGCACAGCCAUCGCUCCUGCCAGAGGAACAAGCGGCUCAUCCUCAUCUAUCUACUGCCUGUCAAGAUGCUGCUAGGCCACAUGCCAACGACCCAGCUGCUCAAGAAGUAUGACUUAAUGCAGUUCACAGAUGUUACCAAGGCAGUGAGUGAGGGCAACCUGUUGUUGUUGAAUGAAGCUCUUGCCAAGCAUGAGACGUUUUUCAUCCGCUGCGGUAUCUUCCUCAUCCUUGAGAAGCUGAAGAUCAUCACCUACAGGAACCUUUUCAAGAAAGUGUAUCUUCUGCUAAAGACACACCAGCUGCCUCUAGAUGCGUUCUUGGUGGCGCUGAAGAUGAUGCAGGUGGAGGAGGUUGACAUUGACGAAGUUCAGUGCAUCCUGGCCAAUCUCAUAUACAUGGGUCACAUCAAAGGUUACAUCUCCCACCAGCACCAAAAGUUGGUUGUCAGUAAGCAGAACCCCUUCCCUCCAUUGUCCUCUGUGUCUUAAAUGCCAUCGCUUCGAAAAGACUGAACCUGGAACAACAACCCUCCACUAACAUCAACUUCUGCUGCAUUUACGUAUUCCUGGUAUUACUGUCAUUUUGAGCUCCUAAUUACAAAUGUUCAAAAGUUUUUUUUGUAAUCCAAUUGAUAAAAGUUGGAUGCCUGUGACUAAAAGCUUUGAGAACCAUG